UUUGCUAUGGUACACGAUGGUAGUGCGGUGCAGGAAACGGGCUGAGUACUGACAAUAUAUAUAUUUUGGCUACAGCAGAAUAUACUGUCUUCACAGUGCUGUAUUGUACGCUUACUGCUGCAGAAAAAAAACAACCUUCUUUUUGUACGUGGGAUCCUAAUCUUGGGACAUAUGCUUUUCUGCUAAUACAUUAUAUAAUAUACCAAAUAUCCGUCACAUAACGUUUUUUUUUUUGGUCGGGGGUGUGUAUAACUAUUUCCUUACUAUUCUGAUUUAGAGGGAGAAAAAAAAACUAAACAUAGUUUAUCAUUUAAUCUUCUACAGACAAUACGUUGUCUAAGUUUUAAUAUUAUUAUUAUUAUUAUUAUUAUUAUUAUUAUUAUUAUUAUUAUUAUUAUUAUUAUUAUUAUUAACAUCGGACAGCGGCUGUUAUAAAUAAUAUAUACGUAUAAAUAUAUUAUAUAUGAAAAAUUAAAAAGCAGAAAAAUGAACAACUCCACGCUUCGAAACGCUCUUUUAGGAAUGGUGCUGGCUGUUUUUACAAAAGGGAUUUGUGUGCAGAGUGCAGACUUCACCCCUCCUCCUGCAGAAAAUAUCACAGUGUGCCAGGGAGAGAGCGCCAUCCUCAGAUGCGAUAUCGACAGUGAGGUGACGCACAAGGCCUGGCUGAACCGCUCCAAUAUUCUCUUCACGGGCAGUGACAAGUGGUCUCUGGACCCUCGCGUGACGAUCAUCAAUAACAACAAGAGCGAGUUCUCCAUCCAGAUCGAGAGAGUGACUGUCCACGAUGAAGGGCCCUACACCUGCAGCUACCAGGCCCGGAACGAACCACGCACCGCCCAUGUUUACCUCAUCGUGCAAGUUCCCGCAAAGAUCGUCAAUAUCUCUGCGGACAUAUCAGUGAACGAAGGCAGCAACGUCAAUCUCUUCUGUUUGGCUGUGGGCAGACCUGAACCAACCAUAACAUGGAGACACUUGAAAUUCUCUGUUCCUGCAGAUGGCUUCAUGAGUGAGGGAGAGUUCUUAGACAUCACAGAUAUUAAGAGACAACAGGCUGAGGAAUAUGAGUGCAUCACAAACAAUGGAGUCUCCACCCCAGACACUAGAAAAGUCAAAGUCAUCGUCAACUACCCCCCUGUGAUCUCAGAUGCAAAAAAUAUGCCUGGCGAAGUGGGUAAGACUGCCAUCCUGCGAUGUGAGGCUAUGGCUGUUCCCACUGCCAGCUUUGAGUGGUACAAGGACGACAAAAGGCUGUUGGAACGCAGUCACGGUCUGAAAAUUCAGAACGAGAAAACUCGCUCUCUGCUUAUGUUCACCAACGUCACGGCCCAGCACUUCGGGAACUACACCUGCUUUGCAGCCAAUAAGCUGGGCACCUCUAACUCAAGCAUGCUGCUCUUCAGACCUGGGGCAGUUGGAGGAGGGUCACCCUCGUCAGGGCAAGGCGCUCCCAUGAUGCUCUGGGUGCUUUGUUCGGCCCUGCUUCCCUUCUUCCUGAUGAAGAUCUAAGAGUGCUGGCUCGGACAGGAGACCUUCUCCAUGAACCCAUCACUGUGAACAAAAUAUUAUGCAUUGCUUCCAAGAGCCAUUUCUCCAUCCUCAUUUUCAAAGUGUGUGUCUUUUCUCCCUCUCUGCCCUCGGAAUACAAAUGGUCAUUCUCCUCUUCACCAUCUGUUUGGGGAUCUCUGUAGCAAAACAGAACUUGAAUUAGCUUGGGCCUGUCCAAUGCUUUACCAUGCAUCCCAGGUUACCGAAGUCUUACCUAAACAUCACAGACAUGGUUGGUACAAGUCUUAUAUCUCCCUUAUAUAAAGAAUAUCAGACAGUUACCUUACGUUUCAACUUCCAUAGUUCUAUUUAUGACAGGUUCUCUUUAAGUUCCCAGCUAAGUAGCUGACUUUAGCCGAGAUCGGAGCUCAUUGCAAUAUCUGUGGAAACGUCACAUGAUGUCAUUCUAUCUUUGGUUUUUCUAGCUUCUCUGAGGUUUGUAGAAUACAACCAUAGUCCCCAUCAAAAGAGUUCUGCAUUGUGCAGCAAGUUCCACUAAUUCGGUUAUCUUGCUGUGUAUGACGGAAGGCUGGGGAGUUUAAAAACGGUCCAAUAAGAAAAAACAAAUAAAAAAAAAAAGAAAAAUGUUGACUCUAGCUUGAACAAUCAAAAUAGUUUUUUUCUUUUGCACAAUUGAACUAUAAUAUAUUGUAGAAAGCUACGGAUAUUAAAAUGUAGGGUAACUGAUAAAAUGUUGGUGCCACUGUAUAUUCGAAAAAGCAGUUUUAAUAAAUUAAAAGAUUAAAGGUACAAGUUUAUUUCAUUUAACUUUUUUCGUUGCUAACAUGAAAACAAGGUCCCUCCAGUACAGCUGAGGACAAGCUUGGGACAUGGAGGCUGAACAGCCCGCUUAAGAGAAAACGUGGCAACAUAUUGUAUGGAAUCAUGCUUGGUUUCCAUACUAUGUGAGGUUCCAGUCAACUAAUUUCCCCGCUGUAAAUUCAUGAAUCAUAGGGGAAAAGGGUAUUUGAUAAAGCCUGACUGCAUCACCUGUGUUCUUUCAUUUGAGAAUGUAGCAUCAUGUACCAUACUGAGACUGGUUCAAUGAUCCAUUGCCUGUGUCACUGUAUUUGGUGUGGUUUUACUCAAGUGCUGAAAUUAGCUAUGACCCCUUCCAUGCAACAGUGGACAUUGUGUUUUCCCUGGCAACAGGGUUAUAGUGGAGGCAUGCCCACGAAGGUAUCACACGCUUACAUUUUUUGAUAUACAGUGAAAACCACUUACUCAGAACACUUGUGUCCAUUUUUAUCACCUUGAGCAUGUUUCAUUCUCUGGCUGAAUUAAGUAUUAGAUAUGUUUAUUUCCUAGGCAACGCACACACAUUAUUUACAAUCAUUUAACAGCAAAAUGUCGACUGUUUUGUAUUGGCUAGUGAUAAAGCUGUUAUUGUGGAUUGCUUCAAGGAAAUAAAAACCAGGAGAGAAGCAAUUAAAUCAUAAUAUAAGGUUUUUGUUAAUUCAAUAAAGCAGUGGAUUUUGGAUUGGGUGAAUAACUAAGGGAUUGGGAAUGAUAUUCGUCUUAUAUGUGAUUGAUUAAGUAAGCAGGGAUUCUAUUGGCCGGUUUUCACUGUAUUUAGGGAACCAAUCAUCAGUGCAAACAAAAAGUCUUAUAAGGGUGUAUUUUAAAAGUUUUUAGUCCAGUCUGGUAUUUACUCCUAUUUUUUAUUUUUUUUUUUUGUCAAAAAAAAUUAAAUAAAAUAAAUAAAGUUACUGUUAAAAAAAUGAAAACAGUGCCUUUGAUGGGUAAAUUUACUGUUCAUUUCUGAAGUAUCGUUCAUGAUAGCGUCAAGACACUCAUAUAUUAACAAUAGAGGCUGGUACUGUGUAACAUGCAAAAACAAAUAUAUGUGGUCUCACAUGUUCCCAUGUGUUGCUACAACUGUUUGCGUAAGGUGUGUGUAUUGUUUUAAUAUUUUUUUUUACAUUUUGACCACUUUUUUGUAAUUGCAUUCCCUGCCUCAAGGUGGCUUCACAUGUACCCGCAUGGACCUCUCAUAACUACAUUUCCCAUCACCCUCCUGCUCAUUGGUAAAUCCAUCUCAGUUACAUAUGUGAGCGGGAGGAUGAUGGGAAAUGUAGUUGUAUGUAACACAAUAAAAUAAAAAGGUCAUUAUGUGCCCUUUAAAACAUACACUGCUUUGAUUUAGUCAAGUGGGGUUCCGUUUUUUAUCUUGUCUUGUAAAAAUCGAGUUUAAAAAAAUGUUUUUUUUCAGCCGUCUACUUCGGUAAACAUGAGAGCCGGUACAAUAAAUAUUUAUGUGGAAGCUAUUGGGAUUUGAAUGCUAUUUCUGGAGCUGAAAUUGCAGUCAAUUUUUCAAAGCUGCCACAGAUUUGUGGUUGUAAAAAGCUUAAACAAACAUUUUCAUAGAAAAAAUGUACCAGCAAGUUUUUACUGAAGUUGCAUAAGAGACCCUGAAAUGUUUGGUUGCAAUUUUUGUAAAAUGAAAAAGGAAUAUUUCUCAUAAAAAUAGGAGUAAAUGCCAGUAAAUGCGAUUGCCACAUCAUUACUCAUAUGUUACCGGUGUUAGAGUGCAUGAAGGGUGGACAGAGGGUGAGUAUAAAGUUGCAAACAGUCUGCUCUUCAUAUGAAAUCAAUGGGGAGAAUCUAUCAGAACAAGAAUUGCCGCACGAUCCUUGUUGUAAAUCAAUCUAAAGCACCAUCCUCAGAAUUGAAAAUGUUGUGUCUUGCUAUAUUACAUCUUCCAUAGGUGCCUCAUACAGUAUUGUGAUACUCUGAAACAUGAAUUUGCACCUUGUCAUUGUCAUGGCCUCAGUGUAGAGUUAAAGCAUGUGAAAUGAUCAUUGCGGCCCAGUUUUGAUUUGUAAGUAUUGUGCAGGGUGUGUUUUUUUUUUUCGUUGGGAGGUUUUGAGGGGGGGGGGGGGAUUGUAUUCUAUAAUGCAAUAUAUAUUUUUUAUUUUUAAGUGUUACAAUGGAUUGAAGGAAAAUUAAGAAAGAGAACAAGAAAGGGUGUGAGCUUGGAAUGAGCAGAGAAGAGAUGGGAAGCUUGGAUAAAAAAGGUGUUUAGCAAGUGCUAUUUUCUGAUUCAUAAAUGUUCUCAACCAAUAGCAUAUCUAUGCAAUGCUAGCCGACCCAAGGGACAUUUCUCGAAUGGAUUUAGCAUGUGUUUGUUCCUACAUUUUGCUAAAUCAAGUUCACUGUUCUGUCUUUGUCCCAAUCUUCAGCUUGUGCAUGUGCCAACAGAUCAGCAAAGACGCUUUACUGUACCUGGCUUUGAGCUGGGGACUAAGAGCCUUUCUCAAUGCAAUCCAAUCAUGUGACAAUGAACCAUUUCAACUCUGCCAGCCACUCCUGCUCUCUCUCUAUACAAAUAGGUGGAGUAUAGCAGGUAGGGCUAGAGGGUCUGAAAGAAAUGAGGAAGGCUGCUUAGUCCUAACAGAUAGAAUACUGUAGAAAAGCCAGGCAAAGAGGAGAAGGGUGAUACUGACUAACUGAAAGAGCAACAGAGAAGCCAGGCAAAGAGGAGCAGGGUGAUACUGACUAACUGAAAGAGUAACAGAGAAGUCAGGCAAAGAGGAGCAGGGUGAUACUGACUAACUGAAAGAGCAACAGAGAAGCCAGGCAAAGAGGAGCAGGGUGAUACUGACUAACUGAAAGAGCAACAGAGAAGCCAGGCAAAGAGGAGCAGGGUGAUACUGACUAACUGAAAGAGCAACAGAGAAGCCAGGCAAAGAGGAGCAGGGUGAUACUGACUAACUGAAAGAGCAACAGAGAAGUCAGGCAAAGAGGAGCAGGGUGAUACUGACUAACUGAAAGAGCAACAGAGAAGUCAGGCAAAGAGGAGCAGGGUGAUACUGACUAACUGAAAGAGCAACAGAGCCCAGAACCACCAAGGAUGAUUGCAAACAUCACCAGACAGCAAGGGAGGUGUCGAAAAGGACAUUUUAAUGACAGUUGAAAAUACUUACACUUUAAGGCACUGAUCAGUAGAAACCGUUAGGCAAAAUAAGGCAAAAUAUGAACCAAUAAUUGCUGCACUUGUUACGAUAUGCCACCCUCUACCAUCCUCUACAUCCCUGCUCUGUGCCAGAGUUCGCCUCCUCCUCCCCAGCCUCCACCUGCUUUUUUUUGUCUAACGGGGAGGGUGGCUAUCCUGCCCCCCUGCCCAUGGCUUCCCUGCGGUCAGCCUCUCCACUUAUCUGCGAGUCAGUUUAUGGGCAGUGGUACCUCGAAAGGCGAGGCCAAAGGCCAAACAAUGUAGUGUAAAAUAUGUAUAAUGUAGUAGUGUUGUUUGGUGUUAGUUUUAAUAAAUAAUCUAUUACACAAGUUUUCUGACUGAGCUGAGGUACAUUGUUACAUUUACUGUGAUGCCCUACCUAAUUUCUUACAAGGAUCAGGGAAUUGAAACAUUAUUUUUGAGAAUUAGCCACGGGGGCGGGGGGAAUAAUUGAUCAAGGUCAGAACUGUUGUAACCUGUAGGUCUGGUUUGUAUGAUGAAAAUCCCAACAGUAAUUUACACUGAUAAAGGGUUGAGGAGAGUAUAUGGGCUGUAUUCAUAAAUCAUUACAGUCCCACGGUUUUUCUAACCUGCUAAUACACCAUACUAAUGAGGAUUAUCAACAAACUGUUGACAAACAGACAGACAUGCAGACAUACUGAAACCGUGAGACAGACAGAAAGACAGACAGACAGACAGACAGACAGACAGAUAGAUAGAUAGAUAGGUAGAUAGAUAGAUAGAUAGAUAGAUAGAUAGAUAGAUAGAUAGAUAGAUAUUUUACAAAUACGUCAAGCAAUUUUAUCAAUUGUCAACAUGAUAAUAAUGUUGACCAAUUUUCAGCACCCAUCAAUACUAUGUAUUCAGGGUGAUUAGAUAGAUAGAUAGAUAGAUAGAUAGAUAGAUAGAUAGAUAGAUAGAAAGAUAGACUGACUCAAUCAAGUAUGGGAAUAGAUGAAUAAAUACAUAAUUAAUGUUCAUUCUGACUUCAAAUACAUUCCACAGAUUGUUGAGCAAAGCCAACUGAGAAGCGCGGUGGUAUCUUUUAUCAAGUGUCCACCAAUACGGAAUGCGGGUGUUUUUUUUUUCUUUUCAUUUUACACCCUAAUAGGGAAUAUCACCUUUGCCGAAACAAACAUUGGGACAAAUGGCCCCACCCUUGGUCAUUCUGCAUUUAUUCGUCUGUGCAAACACUUGUUGAAGGAGAGUCUAGGUAGACAGAUAGAGAAUUGAUAGAUAGACAGACAGAUAGAUCCACAUGUGUCUCCCGCAACAUAUGUUGCUCUAAUGUGGGCAAUUUAUUUUCAUCUGCAAAUGCUGUCAGCGUGCAAUCUGUUUCCACUUUCCAUUAGUUACAGAGUGAUUACAUUCUAAUUACAAAAGUAAUGCCAGCUCCUUCAAAGUACACAGUCUACAAUGGAAAGAAGGACUGCUUCAGCAGAGACCACACAAAAGGGUUAAAAGAGCUGAAUUAUUCCCAUCUCUCUCGCUCAAAUUCAGGCUUACAACAGCUAGCCCAGACCUUCUGUAAUGUCAUUACAUCACUGUGUCAGGAUGCAUUGUUGUGUCUGAAGGAUAUAUAUACAGUUGUCGUCAAAAGUUUACAUUCCCUCUAUUUGCAACAAUGUUAUUUCCCAAUGUAUUAAGUGUUAUAAAUGAUGUUUGAUGCACUAUGCUUACACGGCAACAAUACCUCUUGUGUGUGUGAUGAAUACUCAAUCGUCUUACCAAGUGGUAGUUAAAAAUCUGUUGAAUUAACUGAGUUAAGGCACAGGGUAUCAAUAUUUAUGAAUUUCAUGCCUUAACUCAGUUAAUUCACCAGAUUUUUAACUACCACUCACUCAUCACACUUACAAGAGGUAUUGUUGCCGUAACAACAUUUAUAACACUUAAUAAAUUGGGAAAUAACACUGUUGCAAAUAGAGGGUAUGUAAACUUUUGACGUCAACUGUAUAUAUAUAUAUAUAUAUAUAUAUAUAUAUAUAUAUAUAUAUAUAUAUAUAUAUAUAUAUACAUAUAUAUAAAUCUGUGUAUGUGUGCAUUAUUAAGCCAUUUGUCUUUGGUAUGUUGGGUUAUAUUUGCCAAAGCUCAGAGAUAAUGUAAACUGAUUGCAAGCAAACCAUUGUCUUCCACAUGGAAAUAUUGUGUAUUGUGAAUUUUUUGUUCUUAUUUUUUCUUCGAAAUCCAUAAAGAAAGAAAAAAAAUAAUAAACAGAACUUUGUUUUUAA